AUGUGUUCGUGACGUCACCUGCGCACCAUGAGGAACUAGGCACAGCCUGAGAGCGGAGCGGCGCUGGGAAGAUUGUCGCUGCUUUCUGUAAGCGCUCGGCAUUAUAAAGAGGGGGAGCCUGGCAGCCUAAACACGGAGCGCUCAGCAGGACCUUUUAUUGGUGCAUUAUGUCUGUUAACCCCUUGUUUGCUAAUAAGAAAAGGGAAAGCUCCAUAUUGUACAACACAGCGUGUGCACAAGUCGGCUCCUCUCUCAGUAUUCCACAAGGUGCCCAGAGCACCAGCUAUGACAGAAGCAGGUAUCCUCCUCCAAAGCGUCACAGAGCAGCAAAUGUUGACUACAAGGCCAUGGACGACCCUUUUGAUGACAAUGAAGAUUUUACAGCUGACGACCUGGAGGAGAUUGACAUCCUUGCAUCACAGGCUUACACGCAGGACACUGGGUCAACAAGUAUCCAAAAAACAUUUAUAAAUAACCAGCCAGCAUAUACAUUAAAUGCCACAAAGCCACAUUCUUUAUCACACAGAAGUGAAAAAGAAUUUCAUAAAGACAAAUAUGCUGUGGAGCUGGAAGUUUUGCAGGCCCAUCAUGAAGAUUUAAAGCAAAAGCUGAAGGAAUUACAAGGUGAAGUACUUGUUAAAAAUGGUGAAAUCAAGGUCUUGCGCGAUUCACUGCGUCACACAGAGUCCAAUUUGGAGCAGCAGAAAAUCUCUCAUGUGUUGAUGGAAAAGGAAAAAUCUCAGAUGCAAAGUGAGAGGGAGCGAGAGCUUAACAAAAAGAUGCAAUCUUUGCAAUCGGAGUUGGAGUUUAAAGAUGCAGAAAUGAAUGAACUAAGAACAAAACUACAGAACUGUGAACGCAGCAACAGGACUGCUGUACCACCAGUUAGCCCUAAGAACAGCCCCUCUAUAGGCCUAAAAUCAGAGGCUUGUCCAUCUCCACAGCCUGGGAGAAAAAGCUUUCCCACAAAAGAAUCAUUCUGCUCAGAUAUAAAUCUCAGAACCCCCACAUUAAUUUCACCUCAGAUUGGUUUUCGAGUUCCAGUAACUACCAAAGAACCUGAAGUUUUACCUAUAUCAGCGAAAGCUUUCUCUUCUUUGUUCUAUGCCGAACGAAAAAAUAGCCAAGGAUCUCUUUUGCUCAACGCUUUGAUGCAACAGCCCAUAAGCCCAGGAUCACUUGGCCUCUGUCACCUUCUCAGUAGCAGCACAGAGUUGUUCCCUGGCUCUCCUGUACGGAAUACCCAUUCAAAAAAUGCAACAUCCUGCUCCAGUGUUUUGUCCACGGCUCAGUGCUCUGCACUAAGAGAUGCUCAGAAAUUAGCCCUUACUGGACUUAAUGCCAUUGCAGUGGGUGAAGUUAUGCCUUGCAAGAGGGAGACGCCAAAGCAGAGUGGGUUAUUACACCUGAACAAGCUGAGUCCCAUCGCAGGGGCUGUACAUCUUCUGCCUCUAGUUGAAUAUCACAUUACUGCAUACUGUCAGGCCCAGCAUACCUCUGAGAAGUCUGGAUCAGGCCCCUCAGUAACCCAGUCUAUGUCUUCCUCCAGAACAGAGCAAAGUCUGGCCUCCAGUGUUGAGGACAUCCUCUACCAUCUUGUAGAACCUGCCUUGGCCUCUCUUGGGAUACUUUAUCAUCUGGUAUUUUACAGUCUGGAAGCAGUAAGCUCUUUAUUGAGGUGCACAACACAUUCCUCUGAGGCUGAGCAGGAAUCAAGAACUUCUAAAUCUAAUGCCGAUGUUGACUGUGGUGAUGACCAGAACUGUGAUAUUCAAUGUCUGCAUCCUUUGUUUGAUAAACUUGUCCAGCUCUUGUGCUUCAAUGUUGCCACAUGCCACAGAGACACUGUCUGGCACCAAACUCUGCGCGUACUGGUAAAAUUGGCUGAAAAUUCAUCCACUGAACUGUUAUCCAGCUUCCAGCACCUAUUAAAAAAGCCUGCAUUACUACUUUGUCUGGCCAUUGAGUCUCCUGUUUCUGUGGCCCACAUGACAGUUCUACUCCUGGCUGUAUUAGCUGAUCACCAGAAGUUGUCUUCCCUGUUCUGUUCCUGCUCAGAAACCUGUAUCCUGCUUGCACUCUAUACGUACAUCACUUCCGGACCGGAUAAGUCUGCAUCAGAAUCGCUUUGGCUUCGGUUGGAGCAUGAGGUGGUCCGUUUCCUUACCAAACUGUCUGUGAUAGGCUGGAACCCAAUCAACACCACCUCAGAGACUGUAUGCCAGUGUGAGCGGGAGGUUGUUAAAGCAGUGGUCCUGAUGCUGCACCGGGAGUGGCUGGGUUUGCGGCGCCUGUCACUCCAUCUGCUGACCACUACUAAAAACAAGGUGGUGCAGUUCUUGCGGGACGCUGUGCUGCUGCUGCACUCUCUUUCUCAGAAGGACAGGAACUUUCAUGAGCACUGCCUGGAGGUCCUGCACCAGUAUGACCAGGCCUUACCUGGGGUCCGGGCUCUCUUCAAGAAGGUGCAGGUGUUGAAAGAAAAUGAAGAAUAUGCAUUGGAUGAGCUCUGCCCCCCGGAAGUUGAAACAGAGGAUGAAUACAUGGAUUGCACAUGACUGCUACCUUGGGUCUUCCUAUAAGCUGUGGUCUCUUUUAAUGAACUUUUUAUGUCAGUGCAGUUCUCUCUGCAAACCCUUUACUAUUUGUUUUCAGUAUUGUGUAGCUGUAAAUACUGUACUCUAAAAAAUAAAAUAAAUUCCAACCUUGUACAAA